AUGGCAACAAUAUCCCGGACCCGUCUAAUCGCACUCUUUGUCCCCCCGGUCGUGAUAGGAUACAGCGUGCACCAUGGUCUUCGCUCUCUAGAACAACAAUAUCCCAACGUACCCAUCGACAACUCCACCAGUAUCGCCCUCCGAACCCCGUCCCAUCCAUCGUCCCAACACUGUCCGCGGAUCGACCUCUUCACCGCAAGAGUCCCUCUCAAAGCUCUCCAAUCCCGACUGCCCCAGACAAAGCAACCCAAUGAAAAAACCACCCCCUCCACUCAGGACCUCACCACCACCUGGGCGCAAACCCUCUUCAACACAAAGCCUCUCCGCGCCGAAGCCAAACUCUGCGGCCUCUUAACCGGCGCCGGCUUCAACACCGGCGAUCUCGGCGACACGCCCGCGGCGUUCGCACCGGACCCAAUAACCAAGGCCCCGCGGGUCCUUGCGCAUGGCGCGUUUGUUGUCGAGCGGCCGCCUGCCGAAGAUGAUCACUACGGCUUGCUGGUGCGGUGGGAUAUGGCGGAUGAGGUGCGCCGGUUCUUUGAGCGCAUUGCGCUGUGGGGGUACCCGUGGCGGAUGAUGAGCGGCGGCCGGCAUGAGUUGAUGGUCUCUGCGCCGUUUGAGGUCGAUGGCGAAGGUCCGUUUGUGGAGGUUGGGUUUGCUAGCGCCCAUGAUUAUGAGGUUGUUGCCUCGGAGGGGGAGAACCAGAAGAUGAUCCCUGAGUGGACGCAGAGGCUACACUGCGGGUAUGCGCGUCUGCUGUUGCAUGCUGCUGUUCGGGAGCUGAAACAGUGA